CGAGCUGCCGUGUCCGUGCUCAAGGCCGGCCGCGAUGACAGAUCGUCCGCUUCCAGCCUCAUCAGUCCGGUUCCAGGUCCCAGACCCAGAUGACGUGGAGAACGUGCAGGCUGAACCUCUUGAGCACAGUGCAGCCCGCACAGGCACUACGACGAGAUCACCUUUGGUCGGCAGCUGGCAGCAGAGCAACCGACAUGAGGUGUUGGAUUUGCUCAAGAGGGACAUGAUCGCCGCGAAGGCUUACCAUAAGGAUCGUAGGGCUUCUCGUCGGAAGGCGGAAUUUGGAGCCAACUUACCGAUCUGGUUCAUAACGGCCAAUUGCCUGUUUGCUUGUUUUUUGGGGCUGUUAGAACUCACCUGCCAUCCGCAGUUCGAGGUUGAGGAUGCCGGCCAGGUGAAGCCCAGGCCCCGUUGGGGAGCGUACCUCACAAUGAUGAUGAUCUGGUUCUCCGUCACGCUUAUUUAUAACAAGGUCGCAGACCACCUCGUCUUUGCCCUGCUCGUCACGGUGCUCCUCGUCAGCAGCCGCAUCACCCUGGACGAGGCCCUCAGCGGCUUCGGCAAAUUUGGCCCCUGGGUACCCCAGCUGCAGGCCAUCAUUCUCAAGAGCGUCCGCGACUCGGGGCUCCUGGACUCCAUCCUGGACAGGUUCCUUGGCAAGCAGCAGGGGAGCAGCCGGUGGGCGUGUGCCAAGCUGUACUUCUCUGGCCUCACCCUCGGCACCGUCAUCGGCGGGAGCCCCGCCGUGGCUGCGGCGAGUCCCGUGGUGGCCCGCUGGGCGGAGUGCUACAGCUUCCCCCUGCGGCCCAUGCUCUACCUGCUCGUCGUCGCCGCCGCCUGCGGGAACGUCAUGCUGCUGACCAGCGCGCCGGCCUCGGUGGUCAUCGCGCAGAUGCUGUGCGGCGACCACAACCACUGCAGGCUCAGCGUCUUCUCUCCCGCGCCCCUGGCGCUCAUCGUCGCGGCGGUCCUCGGGGUGUACGCCGUCUGCGUCGGGAGGCGGCUGUCCUCGGCCAGCCCGGACCCGCCAGAGCAGCGGCUGCUCCAGCCAACCCCGAGGGUCCAGCGGCCCAGGGCACGGACCGGGUUCGACGAUGGAGUCGAGUCGAGCGUGGAGAUGACCAGCUCCUCGGAGGCCAUGUCGACGGAGCAGGCUGAGCAGGAGCUCGGGGACCGGCUGGAGCAGCUGGAGGACCCCGAGGCGCCGGAGGAGGGGGGCUGGGAGGAGCCCGAGGUGCCCGGGGACUUCGCCCGCGGCCCGGGGUCCUGGUCCUCCUACGACAGCAGCCCGCAGGCCGUGGCCACGAGCAUGGUCGCCCGCUCCUUCGGCCGGGGGCGGAGCGAGCGCCCGCGCCACGGCCCCGGCGACCUCCUGUCCUGGUGGAACCCGCGCGGCUCGGCCGCGGGCCGGGGCCUGCGCGCCUCGGCGGGCCAGCUGGCCGCGCUGCAGCUCCACUACGAGGUGGACUUCGUGGUGGUCGAGGGCUCCCGCCUGGUGGGCCACACGCCCCGCUCCGCGGGCCUGCCGUGCCAGGAGGGGCUGCUGCUGACGGCCAUCUCCCGCGCCAGCUCCUCCACGGCCGACCCGGGCCUCGCCUGCGCCUCGGCGGGCGGUGAGCAACACGUCAAGCAGUGGCGAAGCGUCCCGGCUCGUCUGCAUCCCUACC